CAGCAGGGCGCACCGCCCAGCCCCGGCAGUAUGAUGCCACCGGGCUCUUACUAUCCUGACGCCAGCGACCAUGAGCUCACUGGUGGGCUGCCCAUUAACCUCGAUUCUCUCCGGGAUGGCCCGCCUGGGAGCAAGCCGUUCUACCCGUAUUCGACGCUUAUACGGUAUGCUAUUAAGGGGUCUCCGACUGGGAAGUUGUUGUUGGAAGAUAUAUACUAUGCAAUCGAGUCGAGGUUCCCAUACUUCAGGACUGCUCCUCCGGGCUGGAAGAACUCCGUCCGCCACAAUCUGUCCCUCAACCCGUGCUUUGAGAAAGUAGCACGUCCACUGACGGAUCGGGGCAAAGGCUCGUACUGGACGGUGAACGAUAACGUCGAUCCUCGCACUGGUGUCCAUCGUAUCCGGAAGAAAAAGACGAAAAAGAGCGAGAGACAUAUAUCGGAGGAGCAACCCCAGCAGCAACAGCCGCCGAAUGGAACCAUGCCAGAAUUCCAGCCCCCGCCGAACGCGCCCUUCGACGAUCCUCAUGGCCAGUUUGUCCAGCAGCCGCCCAUGGGCCCGGAGGGCGCUGGUCCGAGCCGGCCUGGUCCCUUCCCACCGCCGUAUCCUCCAUUCGAUCCUGCGUUUGCCAUGAUGCCACCACCAGGCCUGCAUUACCCGCCACCACCGCCAGGCCUUAUGCGCACCGAGGACAGCUUCGAGCUCGACGAGCACGGUAACGUCGAUUGGCAUCGCACGUGGGUGAAGGAGCUGCAGCAUCUGCAGACGGUCACGUCCGAGCAGGAGAAGGCAGGCGCCGAGCAGGACUGGUAUCGCAUGAUGCUGUUCCGCGUUAGGACGGCCUUAAUGGCUCCCCCGUACCCUGGCGAGGGCAUGCCCGGUCCUCCUCCGCCAGGCAUGGAUCCCAAUGCUAAUGGGAUGCAGGAGGAGUCCCCGGAGCAGCAGUGACUAGCUGAUGACUGCGAUGAUUGAAGGGCUGAGAGUGUCUGAUUUUUGGUGCGGCGUUGCUUACUAUACAUUAUGAAUUCUGCUUUCGACAUCUCUAUUAUGGUGCUAUUUAUCAGCUGGUUUCCGCUGUUCUUCUGGCUUUCUUCUAGCGUACUAUCCCCUCCGAGUCUGUUGUAGUUGUCUCUGGUCUGGUCGCGAAAUUAACGUUCUACACCUCCGAGUGCACUCUGGGU